ACGCCGGAGGGAAGACAGGGGCGGCUGCGGCGCACCGGCCAGAUCUGCGGCCCCGCCGGCGGCGGGCCGCCAUUUCCGAGGCUCCGCAUUGGUUCAGGAUCUAGCUGUCUAAAGGCUGGGCUCCUCGGUUUUGCAGUAGCAUCCCAUUGCAGUGGAGAUCACUGCUGCCUUAACCUUCCUUAGGCGUCUUUGCUGCUCUAUAUCUAAUGUGGAAGAUGUCACUCGUUGCCUGAUGAUUGCUGCUGUCUCGCACUCGACCACUGCGGCAUCUGCAGAGUUUGACAGGCACAAGGGAGUGGACUGGAGUAAGAAGGGUGCCAUCGUUGCAGCUGCCUCUAGUGUGUUGGCCUCAAUUCCUUUGCUGUCAGCCAUGUCUCGCAACUUGGAGGGCCCAGUCCAGACCCAGAUGGCAGUUUCAGCCUUGAGCAGCUCUCUGAUUGGUGACCCUAGCAAAACUAGAAGCGAUGUGAGGGCUGUUGGAUGGAAGCGUGUUUUUGUUCAGACCGACACUGGCUUUGUACUGGCUGUUCAGCUAGAUCGUGGUGACAGUGCACACACCGUCAAAAGGAAGCUGCAGCUGGCUCUGAAUGUUCCCACUGAGGAGAGCUCUCUGACAUUUGGUGAUCAUGUUCUGAAGAACGAUCUCAGCAGCGUCCGGAAUGAUUCCCCGCUGCUUCUGACCAAGACCUUCAUGCAUCGGAGCUCCUCCACCCCAUGCCUGUCUCCUACAAGCAAGGAUCUCCAGCAGCAAAAGGAUAGGGGUGGUCCAGUUGAAGUUCUAGUGUGUCCAAGAAGCUGCUCUCAGGCAAAGCAGCUUGUUAAGGAUGUUGCUAGGGCCAUAAGAAAUGGUGUGGAUCCAACACCUGUCAAUAGUGGGCUUGGUGGUGCCUACUAUUUCAGGAACAGCAAAGGUGAGAAUGCUGCCAUUGUGAAGCCAAAUGACGAGGAGCCAUUUGCACCCAACAAUCCAAAAGGUUUCACAGGGAGAGCCCUUGGGCAGCCAGGCCUCAAAAGGUCUGUUCGAGUUGGUGAGACUGGUUUUAGAGAGGUUGCAGCAUACCUUCUGGACUAUGGUAACUUUGCUAAUGUCCCUCCGACAGUUCUUGUUAAGAUUUCACAUCCUGUAUUCAAUGUGAAUGAAAGUGUCGGCUCUACCAACAAGAAGGCAUCUGUGGGUUUUGCACGCGCUGUUAGCAAGAUUGCCUCACUUCAGCAGUUUGCUCCUCAUGAUUUUGAUGCUAGUGACCUUGGCACUUCAAGCUUCCCUGUAUCUGCUGUUCACAGGAUUGGUAUUCUUGACAUCCGAAUCUUCAACACUGAUAGACAUGGUGGAAACAUUCUGGUAAGGAAGGUGACUGAAGCAGGAAAAUUUGGGAAUGAGACUGAGCUGAUUCCUAUUGACCAUGGUCUCUGCCUCCCGGAGUGUUUAGAAGAUCCUUAUUUUGAAUGGAUUCACUGGCCGCAGGCAUCAAUCCCCUUCUCUGAGGAUGAGCUUGAGUACAUAGCAAAUCUUGAUCCAGUGAAAGAUGCUGACAUGCUUCGCAUGGAGCUUCCUAUGAUCCGAGAAGCCUGCCUCCGAGUGCUAAUCCUCUCGACCAUAUUUCUUAAAGAAGGCGCGUCAUUUGGUCUUUGCCUUGCAGAGAUUGGUGAGAUGAUGAGCAGAGAAUUUACCGGGAUGGAAGAUCAGCCAAGUGAGCUUGAAGUUGUCUGUAUGGAGGCAAGGAGGCUAGCAACAGAAAGAGAGGAGUUUUCCACGGAACAUGAUUCUGGUGAUGAAGAUGUAACUCAGUUUGAACUGGAUUGUGAAGAUGAUCAUGACAUACCAAAAACACCACCAGCCUACCAUUUUGAAUUUAAGGGUGGGAGCUCCAGAAACCCGCUGUCAAAAUUGAAUGAGGCCAUUGAAGAGGAGGAAGAUGACAUUGAGGAGGAAGAAAGCAAUGCAGAAAAGUUAGCAUGCCCCAAGCCUGUGAACAAGUGGCUUCCUAACAUUUCCAAGCUAUCGACCUCAUUGAGUGGUGUCAGUCUCAUGGACAAAAGCCAGCGUCAACUGCCUGCUAUUCUUAAGGGAGUAGAUUCUGUGAAAACUUCCGAGAGCAACAACAACCGUAGUGGCUCUCAAGUUGGUAACUGGAGGAGUGCGAAUGAACAGCUCCCGACGAGUGCAAGCUUUGUGAAGCUGGCUGACAUGGGUGUCGAGACAUGGGGCAUGUUCCUCGAGAAGUUCCAGGAGCUGCUCCCCGGCGCAUUCCGCUCGCACAAGAGCGGCGCCACAGGGCAGAGGGCGAGGCAGAGGCUGGGCACUUCUUGCCAGUUUUGAGUUAGUUCAGGAGUAGGGAAAUCGUUUGGCUGCUGCUGUUUGCUUGCCGUGGCUUUCUUGUUAGGUGUCAAAGGUAUGCGGUCGUCCAAUAAAAGCCAUCCUUUACAGUCUUACAAUAGGGUUCGAAUGAUUCAGCGCCAUCGUCAGAGGUCCAUGUUUAGAAGAUGGCCUUUUCUGUAUAUAUUUUCCCCUUUCAUUUCUUUUCUAGCUAGUUGCCUGGAGGAGGUUGGGAUGUGUUGUCUGUCUAGUCCUUGGCCACCCAGUUCCUCCACUCAUGAUAUGCAUUCGAAAUUUUCAUUCAAAUAAAGUAAACAUUCAAGAAAA